AUGACUGAAACAUUAAGUGAACAACAAUUAUUGGAUCUUCGUCAAGCGUUUUCAUCGGUUGAUUAUGAUAAUGAUGGAUUGGUCUAUACAAAAGAUAUUCGAAAGAUUUUUACAUAUUUCGAUGAAAGUCUUAAAACAUUUAUUAUUGAAGAAGAUGAAUUAAAAAAUUUAAUUGAUGGAAUUGUUCUUGAUAAUCAUGAUCAAAUAACAUUUACUCAAUUUUUAACACUUCUUUCAUAUAAAUUCAAUGUAAAUGAUACUAUUGAAGAAUUACAAGAAGCAUUUCGUAUGUUUGAUCGUACAGAUAGUGGUUUUAUAACUAUUGAUGAUCUCUGGCAUGGAAUGCAAAAUCUCGGUGAAAAUUUAACAAAACAUGAAAUUGAAGAAAUGAUGCAAGAAGCUGAUCGAGACCAAGAUGGAAAAAUAAAUUUUGCUGAAUUUACUGAAAUAAUUCGAUAUAAAUAA